AUGAUUAGGCGAAGAACCUCGCCUCGGAACGCAGUCCCCGUCGAGCCAGAACCCGAGUCGACGACACCUCAGGAUGCGUUGCCUCGCAUGGAUUCCUCGCCGAGCCGCCCAUCCUUUGCCUCUCCGACAAGAGCAAGCCUCGAGCGAUAUAACCCUGACAUCCUCAGACGUCGAGAGAGCCAGCCUAGACGACUGCGAUCCUCACCCGAUGCGCCUCCCUCUCCCUCGCGCGCCGCUACACCCGAUAGUGCGGGAAGCUUGACGCGCGCCAUGCAAACCCAGCUUGAGUUGCGUUCUGCAGUUCGUGGUGGGAGGGAACAAGCAGGUUCAGAAGAGGACGGCGUUCUACGGUCUCCGGCGAGACGGCUAGGCUUGGGUAGGACCCCAACGAGACCGACACCGCGGCCGCUUCCGCCACCGGCUCCCGAGGAGGAUGACGAGUUAUUGAGGGCAAUUACUGCGCGGCUACGGACAGGCGUGCCUCCUGGAGUGCUUCCAGAGGUCGUCGCCCCCGAGCCAGAGCUUCCACCAACGCCCGAGCACCCUGACCCCGUUGUCAGCACACCUCCUUCUGGGAUACACAACACUCCGUCAAGGCGACCUAAGCGGAAUCGCGCGCUGGCUGAAAGGCUUAAGAGUUCCUCCCCGCUGAAACAACCACCGCUUCGACCCUCGGAGCUACCGGCACCGGAGGCUGUAUCAUUCGGACUGCCGGCUAAGACAGCGCAGGUCCAAGCCACGGCCCCGGCGGCCCCAGCGCCGACAAACGCCGAGUUACGCGGUCUCAAGCCGGUGGACCCCGAUGCCGACAAGAAGAAGCUCCGCGACUCAUUACUCGCCGAAGUGAACCAACUCGAACGAGACCUGGACGUCGCAAGCAAGGAAAACGAGCGCAUCCGCCAAGCGCGCCUGUCCCGCCAAACCCCCUCCCCUCCCGCCAACGCCGACGAGAUCAUCGACCUCCUCGUCCGCCAUGUCCUCCCACCGGAAGCCACCGCGCCAAAACCAGACCCCAUCGAGACCUGGCUCGCCUCCGCCCUCAACACCAUCGCCUUCCUCCGCUUCAGAAAGCACUACACGACCGGCGCACCAACCCUCCCGGCAAUACGGCGCAGUGCCUCACCGGAAAACACCCGCCCCCUGCGAAUAUAUGUGUAG